GAUUAUUUUUGUGUAUCAUAAAAUCAUUUGUAUUUGUCCAAAUUUUUAUUAUUAUUGUCGUGCUCCGGGUCCGAACGCAUAAAGCUCUGGCGAGUGUUCUACUAUUCUAAUGUAAAAAUGUCCGUCAUGUGCCUACUAGAGGGUUCCGAAAGCACGCCGCGUUAUUAGCAGGCGCACCGAAGUUGUCCGAUCUAAGCUCGCCGCCGCCGCCGCCACCGUGUCCGCCGCCAAAUCGCCGAAGGCCUAACACCGAAGUCUGCUACUGGAGUGAAGGGUGUCCUGGGCAGGUGUUUCAAGCUGGAUCAUAUUGUCCUGUGAGAAGAUGGCCUACCACAGUGCCAUUCACGGAAAGACAUAGUCGGCUGAGGAAUGUCCUCUGCUAUCUCUCACGGGACACCAAACACAGGACGAUAUCGUCCCAUCCUGGACUUCGUAUCCAUUUAAAGCCGACUCAAAAAUUUAUUAACAAAUCAUAAAUAUGGCAGAUUCUGGAAACAGUGAUAGUGAUACAGAUAUACAUGUGUAUAAGUCUCAGAAAUCAAAUAUUAUUGAAAGUGAUGAAGAAAGUUCAUCCAGUAGUUCUAGUGGCGAAUCAGAUAAAUGUCCAAUAUGUCUCACUCGACUAGGACAACAAGAUUUAGCUUCUCCAAAUUCUUGUUUACAUACUUUUUGUUUAAACUGUCUAACUGAAUGGGCAAAAAAUGCGAAGACUUGUCCCAUAGAUCGUUUGGAUUUCAAAUUCAUAAUUGUACGGAGUGUUGAUGGACAGUUAUUGCAGAAAAUUGAUAUAAGCCUUAAAAAUGAAGUGGAAAAACUUCCCACAAAUUUUGAUGACUUAACUUACUGUGAGAUUUGCCAUCUAAGCCACCGAGAAGAUGAGAUGCUUUUGUGCGAUAUUUGCGACUGUGGAUAUCAUAUGGACUGCCUUAAUCCACCUAUUUAUACAGUACCGUUAGAAGAAUGGUAUUGUCCUCAAUGUGAAGGAAGAGAAGAGCAAAGUGAUAAUGACAUAGAUCGCGAAGAAGUAAUUGAUUUAUUAAAUGAUCUAAAUGAUGAUGAACAAUUACCUAGACCAAGGCAGACAAGAAUACGAUUACAACAACGUUUGGUUCCACGAACAAGAGCUAGUGAAAGAGUACGAAUGAAUACUCAACGACUUCGACAAAAUGCUACUGAAAGGGGAGUUGUACAAACAGCUUCUAGUGGAAAAAGAACAAAGAAAUAUUCAAAAAGAAAAGUCAGGGUUAAAAAUUGGAAUAAAAAAGGUAAUAAAUCUGUUAGAAAAAAGAAGACACUAAUAGCUGAAAAAUUGAGCAUGUGUUCAUCAAGAUCAAGUAAAAACUCUUUUGGUGAUAAUAACUCAUUGGGUACUUCGUCAAGUUUUAUAGAUCAUACAUCUUUAAGUAUAUUCGGAAACCCUCAUGAAUUUGAUUAUGUAUCUGUAGAGUCCGAAGAAGAACGAGACAUAGGUGGUGAUGGGCCUUUAAAUAUGUCAACAAUGUCUCGAAUACGUAUUUCAACCACUGAUUUGAUCUCUCGGAAAGAAAUAAGUGAAAUUUUACGUCGGCCAGUACGUAGAAAUAUUAACAUAUCACAUAAUACUGAUUCAAUCAAUAUUUUGGACAAUAUAUUGAAUGUACAAGAAAAACAGUUUAAAAAGAAAACUAUUGAAAAUGAAAUGCAGAAUAUUGAUAAACACAUCACUCAAGCUCCAAUGUAUUCAGAUCAUAGAACUGACAGGAACUCUGAUAAUGUUGGUAAUUAUUCAUCAAAUCGCAAUAAUAAUAGAAAUUAUUCAAGAAACAAUGAUCAACAAUACAGUAAUGCUGGAAGUUCAAGUUCAUAUGAAGAAUCUCAAUUGACUAAUGAACCAAAUUUUAGUGAAAAUCAACCAGUCAAUCCUUUUCCUUUUAGAAACUCUGGCCCUAUCAAGUUUCGUAUGAACGUUGCAAAAAUGGGUGAAAGAAAACAUCCUCGGACUCCUCCUAAGGCAGUCACUACUGAAUACAAUGUAGAAGAAAAAAGUGGCCCUAGUACUCAGGCAGAAGAAUCUUUUAAAGCACUCGAACCACCACCUGAUCCACCAGCUUUAUUGUUAGGUAUUAAUUUGGAUGAUGACGAAGCUGAUAAUCUUAUAAUUGAUGAUAAAGAUUAUUAUGAUCCUGAAAAUCCAAGUGAUAAUGAUGAAGAAACAGAGAUAACUAGACAAACUGGAACUGAUUAUAUGCAAUCGCCGACAUAUGGUGGUUACAUGGAACAAGUAGAGAACAGAUCUAUACCACAUAUACCUAUUUCCAAUAGUAAUAAUAUAUUACGUCCAGAGGAUGAUGGAAUGUCUUCAGAAGAAGAUGAAAAGGAAAUUAAUGAUGAUUGUCCAAAUAUAUCAUUAUAUUCAUCUACUAGUCUUAAAAUAUCUAAUUCACCCAAAGAAUAUGGACCUUUUUUGGAACAUGAAAAUGGCAAAAAUGAUAAAUUAAGUGGAGAUGCGGAAUUACAGUUUAUUCCUAUGCCACCUGUUAGUCCAGAAAUAGACUUAUCUGAACAUGAAACUAGUCCAAAAUCUGAUGAAGAUGAAUGUUUUGAAAGCAUUGUAGUUGAUGAUGAUACAAAAUUAUCAUCUCCAAAAACAGAUAAUAAAUGUGAAAAUAUUGACAACACUGAUGAAGAUGAAAAUAAAUCAAAUUCUGGUGACGAUGUAAUUGAUGUUAUUAAUGAGAUUCACUCAGACAUGGAACGCGAGAGCAAAACAUCUAAAGUAUUAGAAAUGAAUCAAGAAUCUGAUAUAAUAGACCUUGAACACGAUGAUACCAUUGGACCUAUAAAUGAUGACACAGCCAUAGAUCAAGAAAACAUAAAUUUGACUGGAGAUGCUGCAUCUGAUGUAUCAUGUACAACAUUAAAUAGUUUAGACACUGAUAACCAACAGGUAGAAGCAAGAAACUUAAACUUUGAUCCAAUAUCAGAUUCAGAAGAAGAAAAGAAAAAAACUAAGAGUCAAUCAAAUAAUUCUAAUAGUAGUCGAAUAAAAGAUAAACUGUCGAAUGGUAAAAAUGAGAUGGCAACAUUUGCACCCAAAGGAAACAAAGACAAAGAAAAAGAUAAAGAUAGCAAAAAUAAGGUAAAAGAAAAAGAGUCUGAGAAAGAAUCUGUGYCAUGGAAAAAAUUAUCGAAAAAUUCCAAGGAUAGAAUCUAUCGUUAUGGAAAAGGAAAAGAAAAAUUAGCUGAAGAUAACAAUCGUAAAGAGAAAAAACAGAAAAGAAAAGAAAUAGAAUUAUAUGAUGUUCGAAAAGUACUUGAAGAUAGACCUAGACGAAAAAAAGAUAAAUUUGGAAGAGAUUUAUCUAAAUCUAGUCGUAGUGAUUCAGACUCUAUAGACCGAAGUCGACGUAGGAAACGUAAAAGAAGUCGUUCUAAGCAGCGAAAACGGUCUAUUUCAUCUAGUAAGCCUAGAAGUCGCAAACAUUCUAGAAGUCGUUAUCGUAGUGAAUCUAAAAAUAGACAUCGUUCAAAAAGUAGACAUCGUUCUAAAAGUAGACAUCGUUCUAAAAGUAGACAUCGUUCUAAAAGUAGACAUCGUUCUAAAAGCAGACAUCGUUCUAAAAGUAGACAUCGCUCUAGAAGUAGACAUCGAUCAAGAAGCUUAAAACAUUUAGGGAAGUAUGAAAAGAAUCAAGCAAUAACAAAAGAACGUUAUCGUUCUCCUGCUCUAUAUGAACAGCGUGAAGUGUCUCCAUUAUCAAAACGCCAAGCAAAAAAAUCAAAAGAAAUUUCAAGUAUUUACUCUAAAAUAGAAAAAGACUAUGAGAGGAAACUAUUGAAAAAUGAUAAAGUUUCUAAAAAAAAACUCAAGAAAAAAUCCAAAGAUUAUCAGUUUUCAUCCCCAUCCCCAAGAUCAUUGUCACCUGGUAUGCCGGUAUGGCAAUCACCAAGAGACCACAUGAGUCCAUGGUCACAUACUGAUGUUUCUCGUACACCGUCACCUACUUACACACGCCAUGCUGCAGAUAUUGAUAUGAAUUAUACAACUAGAGAUCAAGAAUUUUCGGAGUAUAAUGACAACAUUGCAUUAAAUAAUUUAACAGUUAUAGUGAAAAAUGAUACUUCAAAGAAAUCUAAGCUCUCUAAACGGCAUACCACUCGUCAAAUAGCUGUUCCACCUGUCAAAGAAGUAUUUGCUUCUGGAGACAAUAUAUUAGUAAGUGUUAAUUUCAACAAAGAUGCAAUAUCCAAACCAAAUUCCCAAGAGCCAUUAAAACGUAAACGUCAAGAAACCUUACCAGCAUUGAUCUCCAAGAAAUCAAAAAACACCAAUGCUGUGGCAGUGCCAGACACUACUUCAACAAAUCAAAAAACUUCCACAAAAAGAACUCCAAAUCCAAAACCAAAAUGGGUAAAUCGUAAGAGAAUUUCCAGGACAAUUGAAGUGAUAAAUGCUAAGCCAGUUGCAAUUAUAGAUUUAAACACUUCUCCAUUUAGAGAAAUAGAGAUGUCUCCAAAGUCUGUAAUUGUUUUAACUGACAGCGAUGAAGACAAACAAGUUACAAAAUCUGAGGCCAAAAAGGACAAUAGUCCUGAAAAGUCUAAAGAAAUUGUUAUUGUUGAACAACAAAAACCUGUAGAAAAAAAUGAAAACAGUACCCAAACAAUAUCAACUAUCAUGAGCGGUGGCCCAAAAACUCCUCCAGAACCAGUAAUCACCAUUUCUAAACCAGAUAACAUAUCUACUAACAGUUGUGAAUUCAAUAGCCAAGAUGAAGAUCAUACUGAACCUCUUGAUGUACGAGGCCGAGGACCUAAUACACCUCCAGAACCUCCUCGGUCUAUAGAUACUGUUGUAAGUGAGACAGCAUAUGAUCCUUUUGAACCAACUAAAUCAAAUUCACCUAGCCCACCACCUAGAAUUGAUAUGUUUGAAGAUGAUGAUGAUGAUGAUAAUCAUAAUGAUAUAUCUGCACAACCUUUGGAGGAGAAUAAAACUACUGAUAGCCAAUCUUCUAUUUCACCUCAAAUAGUAGCUAAAACUAUAACGCCUCCGUUUUUAGAGUCGCAAAGUUCAACUCAAACUGAUAAAUCUCCAGAAAAACUAACGGCCACCGCUUCAAAUACAUUAAUCUUUACUAGUCCAGUAGCAGCCAAAACUCCUAGUCCUGUACAACCAACACCUACUGUCACUAACGCGGAUGAAAUAAUUGAUUUGGAUGACAAUGAAGAUAGUCAAACAUCAGCAUUUGAUAAUGGUGCUGAUUCACCUUAUUCCCCUGGUGAAGGUUUUGUGGAUGAAAUGAAAGGUUCGUCACCUGACAGUCCUAUUCCUCAAACCAAAAAUGUUGUAUCUACAUCACAGAACCAAAAUAAAAAUGAAGCAAGAAGUAAAUUGGACACUUUGCUCAGUAUACUACCACAAUCUAAACCUACAAAUGUUUUUGAUAACAUAAUGAAAAUCAAGAAUUUACAACCUCUUAAAUUUUCUUCCAAAUCAAAAUAUUCUAAACAUAAUACCUCCAAUGAGGAAAGUGUUGAUGAUUUACCUGGAUCAGCUGUUGAAUUAGAAUCAAAAAAUAAGUUCUUGGAAAAGCUUAAUCGACAAGAACGAGUUAUUGAGGAAGUGAAACUUGUGUUGAAGCCUCACUACAACAAAAAACAUAUAACGAAAGAACAGUACAAAGAUAUUAUGAGGAAAGCUGUUCCUAAAAUCUGUCACAAUAAGAGUGGUGAGAUUAAUCCACAGAAAAUACAUAGUCUAAUUGAAUUGUAUGUGAUCAAAUAUAGACAUUCGCACAGAAAACAAGUACAACGGAUCCCAAACAAGUGAAUUGUUUUUUAAAUUUAUUUCAUAAUUGUGUAUAACAUACAGCAUAGCUUAUUUCUAAUCACAAAUAAAUUUAAGCUGAAGGCUCAAAAUCAUUGUUACAAAUUGAUGGCAAAAAAAAAUUUUAUUUAUACUUUGUGUUCUUACCAUUGUGUAUUAGUAUUAAUGUAUUCUUAUUAUUCAUCAUUUUUGAUAGGUAUAAAAAAACCAGUGUUAUUUUUGACCCGGUUUGUCUCAUUGACUUUCAAUUUAUUAUUUGUAAAAUAACAACAUAUUAACUGUAUAUUUAUUUAUUGUGUU